CCCAUUACAAAAAUGGUAUUUUGAUUAUGAAAAUACCAAGUAUUGUGAUUAUCAAAAUACUUUUUUCUCAGUGUAGAUAUAAAUUUAUUUACAACUGGGCUCCGCUGGGCGCUUCACAGAAUUUCAUUUUUAGAUCUAGAUUUGAAAUUUAAUUACAGGAUUGUUUUGACUUGCACAGAUUCAAAAUUCCAACGAAUUGGCAUGCACCUUUCGUCCAUGUAAUUAUUCUAGCUAAUAUUCAUUGUAACUUUCAAUGUGCAAUCAUUAUAACAUUCCCGUGUCUUUCUUACAAAAAUUAAUAAUAAUUGAUAUGAAAAAAAUUGUAAUGAGCAUUGAAAGUUUCAGUUAAAGAAAUUGCAGAUCUCACAAGUGAAGAAAUCUGUCUAGUAAAUAAACAUAACUGAUAGAACUAAAAAAAAUGUUUAUUUUACACAAUGUACUAAGCGAACGAAGAACGUAAUGGAAACUGUCCACUGUGUACACGUAUAAUUAAUCCAAUGCAACAUAUCUAAUUACCUAGCAAUGAUAUAAAUCAAUAGAAGUUGCAAUGGAGAUAGAGCAAUGAAGGGAGCGGAAUCGACAAAGCGAGAGACACAGCUCCAAACAAUACAAGUUAUAGCGUAUAUAUACAUAUCAUAUUGUGGCUAUUAUAUACGUUUAUAUAUUAUAUUAUUAUGUAGGCGGAAUCAUUGAAUAUCAUUUGGUGAGCAAAACUUUGAUGAGCGAUAGUUCGCACCAGUAAACACAGGGGGCACUAGCGAGUAACAAUUCUACCGAUUACUUCGUUCGCUUAUUUGGUGAAAUAAAAUACAAAGGUUUACUGUGUAAUUAAUUUAAUAACCUUUUUCAGUUUUUGUUGAAACGGAUUUAUUUUUUAAAUUUUAUUGUAUGCUUUUGAUUGGAUAUCGGUAUCACUAAUAUAUAUAUAUUUUUUUAAAUAAUAUAAGGCGCCGGUAUUCGGUUAUAUAGGAAUACCGUAUUGUAGUAGUAUUUAAUGUUCUUAUAUUUCCAAUACAUAAAUAAACAGUAUUUUACUACAUAGUAAUAAUAUUAAAAAAUGUAUAAACAGAAAAUUAAAACAAAUUUAAAAAGUUUACUUCCUGUAGCAAUGUACAGUGUACACUGUACACCACAUUUCCUUGCUCUAUUGCGAAUCGUCAACGACCAAUCCCUUUCCGAGCGGCUUGAUCCUUUGGCGUUGAGAAGAGAUGUCACAUGGUAUUUUUACUUUUCAUCUUAACUGCGUAAAAAUUCAAGAAAUAAAGGAAAAGACUGCUAAAAGGUGGGAGCUUGUAGUUUAUUGUUUAUCAGAAUGCCAAUUCAUAAAAUGACUGCUUCACGACUGAUUUGAGAGCGACCGCCGAUGCGAAAACCGCUGUGUGAGUUCGAAAAGUGAGUUACAGAAUCGCAAGGCUGUAGUCCAGGGAGAGUACUACACAGUACACACGACAAAAACAAUAAAGACUAACAGAGGUAUCAUUUAUAAUUAAAAUUUAAAAUAAUAAUGCCCUAGUAAUAAUAAUGAUUUUACUUUUUUUUGCUUUAGUGAAAAGUCAAGCCUUUUUGAGAAAUAGAAAAAAAGAACAUUUAAACAUUGCUAAUAAAUAAAGGAAUAAAUAAAGAUUACUGUAGACGUGGUCACAGUUUACAUUGAAACACAUGAGGAGUAAUAUUAUGUUGGUUUUCUAGUUUUUACUUAUUAAUACAAAAAUGAGUUAGCUUAAUUUUUUUUAUUUCAUUCAGUCCGAUAGUAACCGACGAAACAAUAAUAACGUUAAUUAUAUAAUAAACCAUUUAUUCUUCCAGGUUGCUGCUGUAUGUUUAGCUCUUCAUAGUAAUGGGUAUUAACUGGGUGCUAGAAGUGAUCAGCGCUUUGUAUCCUAAGGCUAACAGCAUAUGGAAGUUCACAGCUACAAUGUCCACAAAGGUGGGUGAUUAUCUUCAUUCUCUUCGUGUGCAAGAAGAAAAUUUUCCGGCUACUAAAGAACAGGAUCAAAGAGAAAGUUCACAGAAGAGAUACAGAAUUAAGAAGUACGGUCCGGACCGGUGUUGGAAGUCGAAGAAACAUAAACAUGGAUUAAAAAAGAACAACUACUGUUAUAUAAAGACUGAUAAACGUAAAAAUAACUUUAAGGACACAAAUGAAACGAAGACUAAAAAUAAUGAUUUAUAUCAUCAAGGGUCGGCACGUAUUUUGUCAUGUUAUCGCGGUAGUGUAUAAUACGUGAGAAACAUUGAUUCUCAGAAUUACGUGUUCACUCUCACCUGUGGUUAUAAGACUUUGACAGAAUGAAGAGAGUUCUCUUUUAUUCUUGUCUUAAAGUCCUAUUAGCAAUAAAUCUAUAGUAACAAUAGACCAGUACAUACUGCUAAUACAACAUUUACUGUACAUAUAACGUAUUAUAUUUACUUCAUUGUUAUCUCUACUGAGUAUUUCCAAAUAACGAACUGAGUUCAAAUACCUACUACCGUCGUCCUGACGCAUUAUCAAACGUUUUGCCACUCCAUUGGACCGAUACAUUCAUCCAGUUGUAUAUUAUAAUUAUGAAGGUCAAAGUGGUAUGGAAUUAGUUGCAAAAUCGCUUCGCUAUCUCUACAACGCGUGAAAUAUUCAUUGUUACAAGAGAUACAUAACUGAAAUAAAAGAUGACACGUGAAAGUGAUAAUAAGCGAGAAUUCUAUGUUAUUCAAUUCAUACAAUUAUUGCCUUUUGAAAGUAUUGCUGAUUACGUAUGCGUGCCGUAUACGUGGCUGAUAUUAAGUGAUGAGACGCAUGACAAGGUCGUUGUUGCGUACCCUAACGACGAAGAUCCUUCUGAUACAAGAGAUCGCGUGAAGAGGAAGGAGAGACGUAAUGAUAAGUGGGGAUAUUAUAUGGCUACUAUCAAACAUAAAUCAGAUUCUUUCAAUGCAGCAGAAUUGUGGAUCGCUAAGAGAAAUAAUAGCGGACCUUUGGUUAAAAAAGAAUCAAAAGUAACAAGUGAGAAUCAAAUUAUUUUACCAGUGUUCAUAAUUUUCAUUAUAAGCAACCAAAGCUUCCUUUCAAUAAAAAGCUGUGCAGUGCCUAUCAAAGCCAUUUGUCAAAAUCCAAUGAUAAUUUUCGGAAACCUCUACCAACAUCAAUCAAGCGACCAGCAAACACAGAAACAAGGAAAGAAAUUGAUGCGAAAGGGUUGAAACAAGAUAAACCUGCUCCGUCAUCCAGUGCGGUUGUUAAUGACGCCAAAGUAGUGGCUAGAUCUCAAAAAAUAAAACAGGUGGUUAUCGUUCAGGAUAACCAAUCAAUGGAUUUUUCUCAGACAGAAGAAUCUUCUGUUGCUUCGAAUGCUGACGAAAUAACUCAAUCAAGAUCUAAAAUUCAGCGUACUGAGCAAACCGAACAAGCUGUAAGGUCGCCCGUAACAAACAUUGAUAGUCGUACUCAAAUCAUCAAUAUUGAUGACGAAAAUCACUCUCCACAUGUUAAGAAGCCCGAUCAUAAUAAUAGCAUGAGUCAAGCUUACUCUUCUAGCAACACAACGGAUGUAUCAAUGACAGCAACAAAACCUUCUACUUCAGCUAAACAGAGCACUCGGCCGAAUCAGUAUAAUCAUCAAGAAUAUAUUCCAGACAGAUGUUCAUUAUCAAACUUUCAACCACAGAUUGAUAAUGUUCGAUCUCUUGCAAAUGUUGACGAUCACAAACAACCCGUCAAUGAAGUUCCAAGUCGGAAACUGCCUAUCUCUUAUAAGGGUUGGAGAGAUCGACGUUCAAUACUGAUUCAAAAACAAGUUGAAAAGAUAUUAUUUCAGAUGAAAAUGGAAAGAAAUUUGGCCAUUGGCGCACAGAAUCCAUCGAAUUCCAUCGACCAAACCAGACAAUUGUCGACGCGUUCAGUACAACAACCCCUAGUGGUAACUCAUAAUCAAUCUCAAAAUGAUUCACGAGUUAUAGGAACGCACACUGAAAAUAGCAGAGACCAAACAGCUCCGCUCAGAAGCAUCGGAAUGACCUCUCAAUUAAUUCAACAAGACAUACUUCGGGGUUUUACAGAGAGCAACACUUACGAUCAUCGACCUACAUCUGAAACUAUCAUUAUGAGGACUCCAUCAGUUAGACAAAACCCAACACACCUUUCAAAUCCAACGUAUCAGACUCCCGAGCUUGCACGACAGAGACAGAUGCAGAAGCCAAAUAAGGUGAAUUCACAGCAGAGACCAAAAUCAGGCAUCUCUAUCAAGCCUAAAGACAGAAAAAGAAAGUCUUCGUUCCAAGGAGUCACAAAGACACCGCCUUUGACAUCAGCUAUUUCGACUAAUUUACUGAAAACAAUACUACAAAUAUUAUCAACUAAUCAUAAUGACUGCCUUGUGAAUAAUCCACAACUGGACGCAAGAAUGAGUCCACGAUCGACUGGAGAUAACAAUGUAGACUUCACAACCAGCCCGCAGAAUAUCAUAGCGUCAGAAACAGGUGACAGACAAAACACAGAAAUUCCUAUUCGCCCAAUCUACCUACCAUCUAGAAUACAACAUACAACUGUUACGGAUCAUGAAGAAAUUUCAGAUAGACCGACAGCUGACCAAAAUUCUACGACAACGAUUCACCAGACGCAUUCGAAAUUUAUUUUAGAGCAGCAAAUGUUGGACAACUUUGCUAAAAUGGGCUCUGUUUUGCGUUAUACGACUGAUAUGUACAACACCUUACGGAGUAUAAUGCUCGAUACUGCCGAGACAUAUAAAAAAAGUUCCGUCGAACAAUUUAACACAGCGGGAUCCACAGCUAGCAGCGCCUCUUCUUCGAGCAACUUAAUACAUGAAGGUCCACGGUCUCCUGAAGCAACACACUCUAAAGUAACAGCGAGUGCUAGUUCUAGUAAUCAAGAUCAACAUAGAAAUAAUGUUGCUAACAAAACGCCGGAAAACAGCAAGUUGUACCGGUUCGUUCUACCACCGGAAUAUGAUGCUGAUGAUACAAGAUGGACAUUGAAGUAUCGAAAAAAUAUGCCAGGACUCGUAGAACUUAUGCCCCAAAGUGGUGUUUAUGUCAGCUCCGGAUACCUCAAUUACUGUCAGCAAGUAUCGAAAGAUUGCAAAUCAUUAGCUUCUAGAUUAUUAACAGAAGUCUUCAACAGAAAUGCACUGAGUAUUUGUUCAUCAAUGAAUGAGAAAGCGCAGCCUUAUAAUAAUAUCGAAUCUAAUAUAAGGCCAGAUUUAGAUGAUCAUGCGUGUUCGGUACUGUUAAAUUUAGUUUUAGAGCAUGGACUCCAACGUGGUUGGAAUACUGAUCUAGAACCUAUCCUCAGAAUCUUACAUAGUAAGAUGCUAGAGUUUCGGUGCAGAUAUGGUGUAAUGUAUGAAGUUAUUGACAGAAAGUGAGCCUACGAUACUU